AUGUCGUUCUUGGGGAACUUGAACACCCACGUUGCUGGCUCUCCUACCACGCCAGAAAACUAUGCCGCCACCGUGGAGGCUCGCCGUCAUGACCCCUCGGCCAGCGUAAGCACCGACGACACCGCCAACGAGAAAAGCGAGGUUGGCAACGAGGAAUACAUCGAGGCCGAGGUCACUCGUCUGGCCCGUCAACUUACUCGCCAGUCAACCCGCUUCUCUGUUUCGACUCACAAUGCCGAGAACACCUUCCUCGAAACCCAGGAGGACUCCAGUCUUAAUCCCAGCAGUGACAACUUCAAUGCCAAGCACUGGAUGAAGAAUUUUUUGGCCAUCCAGUCGCGUGACCCAGAGCGAUACCCGAAACGUCAGGCUGGUCUGGGAUUCAGGAACCUCAGUGUGCACGGCUUCGGAACUCCUACGGAUUACCAGAAGGAUGUGGCCAACUCCAUUCUGCAGAUCGGUGCCUUGGUCCGUACCCUCACUGGCACAGGUAAGCAGAAGAUUCAAAUUCUGCACGAAUUCGAUGGUCUCGUGAAGAGCGGCGAGAUGCUGGUUGUGCUCGGCCGCCCUGGAUCUGGCUGUUCGACUUUCUUGAAGACCAUUGCCGGAGAGAUGAACGGUAUCUACAAGGAGGAAGGCUCUCACCUCAAUUACCAAGGAAUCUCCGACAAGCAGAUGCGCAGCCAGUUCCGUGGCGAGGCCAUCUACACUGCCGAAACCGAUGUGCAUUUCCCUCAACUCUCGGUGGGAGAUACCUUGAAGUUUGCUGCUAUGGCCCGCGCCCCGCGCAACCGCUUGCCGGGUGUCUCUCGCGACCAGUAUGCUGAGCAUAUGCGUGAUGUCGUCAUGGCCAUGCUGGGUCUUUCACACACCAUCAACACCCAGGUCGGUAACGAUUUCAUCCGUGGUGUCUCGGGUGGUGAGCGGAAGCGUGUCAGUAUCGCUGAGGCUACCCUCUGUGGCAGCCCUCUUCAGUGCUGGGACAACAGUACACGUGGCCUGGACAGUGCCAAUGCUUUGGAGUUCUGUAAGACUCUGCACCUGAUGGCUCAGUACUCGGGGACUACCUGUGCUGUGGCCAUCUACCAGGCAUCUCAGAGUGCCUACGAUGUCUUCGAUAAGGUGACUGUGCUGUAUGAGGGUCGGCAGAUCUACUUUGGCCGCACUACCGAUGCUAAGAAGUUCUUCACUGAUAUGGGCUUCGAGUGCCCUGAGCGCCAAACCACUGCUGAUUUCCUCACCUCUCUUACCAGCCCCGCUGAGCGCAUUGUCAAGCCUGGGUUUGAGAACACGGCUCCUCGCACCCCCGAUGAGUUCGCCGCUGCUUGGAAGAAGAGUUAUGCUUACAAGGAGCUUAUGAAAGAGAUUGCCGACUACGAUGAGCAGUACCCUAUCGGUGGCGAAGGCUUCCAGCAGUUCGUUGAGUCUCGCAAGGCUAUGCAGUCCAAGUCUCAGCGCAUUAAGUCGCCAUAUACUCUCUCCGUCACCGAGCAGGUCAAACUCUGUGUGACACGAGGCUUCCAGCGUUUGAAGGGUGAUGCAAGUUUGACUAUAUCUGCCCUGAUAGGAAAUUUCAUCAUGGCUUUGAUUAUCGGCUCGCUGUUCUACCAGCUGGAGGAUGACGUGUCCAGCUUCUACUCUCGUGGUGCUCUUCUAUUCUUUGCUGUCCUGCUCAAUGCCUUCGGCAGUGCUCUGGAAAUUCUGACUCUUUACGCCCAACGUUCCAUUGUUGAAAAACAAGCUCGCUAUGCCAUGUAUCACCCAUUCGCCGAAGCAAUCGCGUCUAUGCUGUGUGAUAUGCCCUACAAGAUGACCAACGCUAUCACUUUCAACAUUCCUCUCUACUUUAUGACUCGUCUUCGCCAAACCCCUGGCGCAUUCUUCACCUUCUUGAUAUUUUCUUUCGUUACCACCCUGACCAUGUCGAUGAUUUUCCGUACGAUUGCUUCUUACUCACGUACUUUAUCUCAGGCUCUGGUCCCAGCCGCUGGCCUGAUCCUCGGUCUGGUUAUCUAUACUGGUUUCACCAUCCCAACUCGCAACAUGCUUGGUUGGUCUCGCUGGAUAAACUAUAUUGACCCAAUUGCUUAUGGCUUUGAGUCUUUGAUCGUGAACGAGUUCCAUAACCGCAACUUCACCUGCAAUGACAAUGAUUUCGUUCCACGUGGAGGCGCCUACACUGCUGUGGAUUUGAUCAACAAGGUCUGCGCGGCAAAAGGAUCCCAGCCCGGUCAGAACUACAUCGACGGAGAUGCCUAUAUUGAAGCGAGCUUCCAGUACUCCAACAGCCACAGAUGGAGAAACUUCGGUAUCAUGAUCGGAUUCAUGAUCUUCUUCAUGGCGACUUACCUCAUCGGAACUGAAUACAUCUCCGAGUCCAAGUCCAAGGGCGAGGUUCUGCUUUUCCGUCGCGGAUAUACUCCCAAGAACUCAGGAAACUCUGAGGGUGAUGUUGAGCAGACUCAGCCUGUGUCCUCUGCCGAGAAGAAAGAUGGUGCUAGCUCCGACGGUGAAGAGACUCCCGCUAUCCAGAGACAAACUGCUAUCUUCCAAUGGCAGGAUGUGUGCUACGAUAUCACGAUCAAGAAAGAGGACCGCCGUAUUCUGGACCACGUUGACGGUUGGGUCAAGCCCGGUACUUGCACUGCUCUCAUGGGUGUUUCCGGAGCCGGUAAAACCACUCUUUUGGAUGUCCUUGCUACUCGUGUCACAAUGGGUGUUGUUUCCGGUGAAAUGCUGGUUGAUGGCCGCCCUCGCGACCAGUCCUUCCAACGGAAGACUGGUUAUGUCCAGCAACAGGAUCUUCAUCUUUACACCACCACAGUUCGCGAGGCACUUCGCUUCAGUGCUGUUCUCCGCCAACCUGCUCAUGUCCCUCACCAGGAAAAACUUGACUAUGUUGAGGAAGUGAUCAAGCUUCUUGGAAUGGAACACUAUGCAGAUGCUAUUGUUGGUGUCCCGGGUGAAGGUCUCAACGUUGAGCAGCGCAAACGUCUCACUAUUGGUGUUGAGCUGGCUGCUAAGCCACAACUGCUUCUGUUUUUGGAUGAGCCCACUUCUGGACUUGACAGUCAAACGUCUUGGUCUAUCUUGGAUCUUAUUGAUACUUUGACUCAGCACGGCCAGGCUAUUCUCUGCACUAUCCACCAGCCCUCUGCUAUGCUCUUCCAGCGUUUCGAUCGCUUGCUCUUCCUCGCCAAGGGCGGUAAGACCGUCUACUUUGGCGAUAUUGGUGAAAAGUCCUCUACGCUUUCUAACUACUUUGAACGAAACGGUGCGCCCAAGCUCUCUCCCGAUGCCAACCCCGCGGAGUGGAUGCUUGAGGUAAUUGGAGCCGCCCCGGGAACUCACAGUGACAUCGAUUGGCCUGCCGUGUGGCGUGAGAGCAAAGAGCGCAAGGAAGUCCAAGCCCACCUCGCCGAACUCAAGUCUGGUCUCUCCCUGAAGCCCGUGGCUACACGUGACGAAGACCCAACUGGCUUCAAUGAAUUCGCCGCGCCCUUCUCUAUCCAACUCUGGCAAUGUCUCCUUCGUGUGUUCAGCCAGUACUGGCGUACCCCGGUCUAUAUCUACUCCAAAUUUGCGCUCUGCACAAUCACAGGUCUCUUUGUCGGCUUCUCCUUCUUCCGAGCUGAGAACAGUAUGCAAGGAUUGCAGAACCAGAUGUUCAGCGUCUUCAUGUUGAUGACCGUCUUUGGCAACUUGGUGCAGCAAAUCAUGCCACACUUCGUGACCCAGCGCUCUCUCUAUGAGGUCCGUGAACGCCCCUCGAAAGCAUAUUCCUGGCAAGCCUUCAUGAUGGCAAACAUCAUUGUCGAGCUUCCCUGGAAUGCCCUCAUGUCUGUCGUCAUUUAUUUCACCUGGUACUAUCCAAUCGGCAUGUACCGCAACGCUGGUGACGACGUUGCCGAGCGUGGUGCCUUGAUGUGGCUGCUCGUCCUGGCCUUCAUGAUCUUCACUUGCACCUUCUCCCAUAUGAUGAUUGCCGGUAUCGAGCUCGCCGAAACCGGAGGCAAUCUCGCCAACUUGCUCUUCUCCUUGUGUCUGGUCUUCUGUGGUGUCCUCGCCUCCCCGAGCGCUAUGCCCCGAUUCUGGAUCUUCAUGUACCGCGUCUCACCAUUCACCUAUCUUGUCUCAGCAAUGCUCUCGACCGGCACGUCCGGCGCAUCAGUCGUCUGUGAAGAUAUUGAGUUGCUCCACUUCGAGCCCCUGUCCGGCCAGACCUGCAUUGAAUACCUGAACGACUACAUAUACGGAACAAAUGGAACUCCACCUUUCGGUGGAUACCUUAUAGAUGAAAAAGCCACCAGCGACUGCUCCUUCUGCACCGUCGGAGAGACAGAUACCUUCCUUCUCGGCGUCAGCAGCAAGUUCGAAGACGCGUGGCGCAACUUCGGCCUGAUGUGGGUGUAUAUCGCCUUCAAUAUCGCUGCCGCUGUGUUCCUUUACUGGCUUGCUCGUGUUCCCAAGGGAUCUCGCAGCAAGAAGACUAAGACCGAGUGA